GGAGAUGCGUAACUAGGCAGUAAAGUGGCGCGCGGUGUCGGAAGAUGCACUUGUGAUAAGAGUAGUGACUCUUCGCGAAUCACUUCUUUCAAAGUAGGCACACUCUUUUAUCGGUCAAUCUCUCGCGAUCGCUACGAAGAUUUUCAAGCACAGCGACGACAACGUAAUAGCGUUCACUCGGCCGCCCCCGCGUCCGUGCGUACAGCAGUGGCAUUCAACUCAACAUUCCCCACAGCGACUAACGGUGUAAUAACUACGCGAUAAGCACGCAUAAGGCGAGAGUCUGUGCAAGCGGAAGAUGCUCGCUAACGGUCUCUCGACGCCGUUCACCGUCAAGGACAUUCUCAAUCUCACCGAGUCGACCGCCAUGGAACCCUACCUGGAAACGUUUCAGAUGCUGGAACGACAGAGCCUCUGCAUGGACUCCCUCGGGCAGCAGCUGGGCGUUGCUUCCGGGCCGCACCAGACCAGCAAGCAGCAAUACGACGCCUUCUAUCACGCACAGGCGGACACGUUUCACGGAGCGGGAGCAGGGCUUCAGAAUCUGCAGUGUUCGGCAGGUUACGGUUUUGCUGCUGCUGCUCCCGCUCACUGCGAUGUUAGCUCUGUGGUCGCGGGACCUCGCGCUUCCGUGAAACCCACGCGAGCAGCAAAGCCGCAUGAGAAAGGAGCAGUCACCAGCAGUACAGCCGAAGCUACGAGCACAGCGCCGGAGAAAGCAGAUCAAGAGAAAGACGGGUUCUCCUCCGACUGCCUGCAGCGGCAGAGGACGCGAAGGAAGCCUCGGGUGCUCUUCUCCCAGCAGCAAGUCUUCGAGUUGGAGAGAAGGUUCAAGCAGCAGCGCUACCUAUCGGCGCCUGAACGCGAGCAGCUCGCCGCCGCACUGAAGCUGACGUCGACGCAAGUGAAGAUCUGGUUCCAGAACCGACGCUACAAAUGCAAGCGUCAGCGUCAGGACAAGACGCUAGAGCUGACGGUCAACAUGCACCCGCCGCGUCGCGUCGCCGUCCCCGUACUCGUACGUGACGGCAAGCCGUGUCUGGAGCGUCCCGGCAUGGGCGCGCCGUACGCGUCGCCGUACGCGAUGACGUCAUACGUCUACUCGCCGACGUCGUACGGAGCGAUGCCGACGAUGCAGCAAACGCCCCCGUAUAUGAACGUGCAGAAUCUGCAGACGACGCACCAGCAGCUGCAGAAUCUACAACUACACACGCAGGGCAUACGCGCAUGGUGA